AUGAAGGGUGAGAGAAAGAAAGAUCACGGAUUAAAGGCAUGGAAGAACGGAGUGGGCUUGUUUUGUCCUCUAUUGCGUCUUUUCCCACAGGCUGCCGUUUUACCAGCACAUUUCGACGAGUCUGCCCGAAAACGCCAGAGUUGGCUGGCUGUUAUGGUCUUUGCUGGAGCCAGUCUGAGUUUUGCGUGCGAGGAGCCGGUCGGGGUCGUCGUCUCAGCUACUCGAUGGGGCUUUUAG